UAGUUUAAAUGUCGGGAGUUUGGUUGUUCAAAAAUGGAGUAGUUCGUCUGGUGGAAAACGAGUCGAAUCAGGGGUAUAUGCAGAGGAAAAAAGUGUUGGUUCAUGUUUCUACGGAUGAAGUCAUCUCUUCAUACUCUAUUCUUGAGAAGAAGUUGGUCUCGCUCGGUUGGGAACGUUACUACGACGAACCAGACCUACUUCAAUUCCAUAAGAGCUCCACCAUCCACCUCAUCUCCCUCCCAAGAGAUUUUUGUCACUUUAAACCUAUGCACAUGUUUGACAUCAUCGUCAAGAACAAAAAUGUGUUCGAAGUCAGAGAUAUUGUCCUCAUGUAA